UGUCUACGUGACACCAGUGGUCUUGGACGUUACUCCGGAGUUUUACUGACGAAAGAGUCGUCAACGUCAUCGAGAAGCCCAUCAUCUGCUUGAGAGGAAAGAAGCAGCGAGUGAAACAUUGGAGAGACCUUUACAUUUUCAUAAUGUCCUUCUUCUCCUUGAACAUUCUCUCCUUUCGAAUACUGGGGCUCUGGUUCCCCGAGGAUACUUCAUCAGUCUGGCAAAUAUUUUUGUACAGAAUUUACAAUGCAUUUGCUGUGACAGCCAUGUGCACCUUCGUACUUUCUCAAUUUUUUGCGCUACUCACGUGUCUCAAUGAUACUAAGGAGCUCACCAAUGCCUCCUUCAUGCUGUUGACGAUGAUCGCAGUGGCUGGAAAGAUGUUCAACAUGACUGUUUAUCGAUAUGAAAUCAGCAAAAUGGUCAAACUAUUCGAUCUUGAGCCCUUCAAAUCCAUGGAUGAGAAUGAAGUGGUGAUUAAAUCAAAAUUUCAUCGUUCUGUCAAGCGAUUUACUUCCGUGUACGGAACACUAGGAACAGCGACAUGCACACUGAUAACACUAUUUUCCCUCAUCCGGGACAUGCCCCGUCGUCAACUGCUCUUCAAAGCACGAUAUCCCUUCGAUGAUUCAGCAUCAGUCGGCUACUGGGUCUCGUAUAUCCAUCAACUCUACAGCCACUACAUGGGAGCUGUUGUCAACAUGACCUUCGAUACAUUCGUGUCAGCACUGAUGCUGGCAACCUCGGCGCAAUUGGAAGUUCUCAAGUAUCGGUUUGUCAUGAUGCCAAGUGUUAUGGAGAACGAGCGGUCUGGAAUUGGCUGCAAAGGAGAUUCCGAGGAGAUUGAGAAGAUGGAGACCAAGUACUUGGGGAAUCAUACGAACCAUCAUCUGGCCAUCUUUGAAUUUUCAAAAAUGACGAAUGACACGUUCACCGGUUCAAUUUUUCUUCAAUACUGCGCUAGUUCCCUGGUCCUCUGCGUCAGUGUCUUCACCCUGACGCAGCUGAAACCCUUGAGCAAAGAAUUCAAUUCUCUACUGAUGUACGUCGGCUGCAUGUUGGUGCAGAUAUUCAUAUUCUGUGAUGCGGCGAAUGAUGUUACCAUCAGGAGUGAAACUAUGGCCGAAGGCAUCUACAAAAUGGACUGGACGUCUCUGUCCGUCAAUAGCCAGAAGAGUUUGGUGCUCAUCAUGGCACGAACCUUGAGACCCAUAAGGUACACAAGUGGACAUGUUGUCAGUCUGUCUCUAGUGUCAUUCAGCAGUCUCCUGAAGAUGUCCUAUUCCGUCUACAAUAUCCUGACUCAGUCGUCUGAGUGAUGCGAAUCAACUGAAACUCAUGAAUUAUGAACAUAAACUGGAGAACUCCCAAAUGAAUUGUUAUUAAUGAUGAAUUGGUAGUUUAUGGUUGGAACUUAAUAUUUCUUUGCAGAGAA